AUGACUGAAAUGCGCGAACUACAGUUCGGUGCUGUUCACGGAGUGUCUGACUUUUCCUCGCGUCUGCGCUUUUCAGUAUUCGUUUCAGAGAGCACGCCUCGAUCUGCUGUACGCGGUGUAGCACAACGUUACGGCUCCAAUCCCUUGUCCUCCGCUCUGGGCGUCAGGGGUGAAGGCAAAAUAAAAUAUAUUCCAAACGUGGAAGCAAGCAGGACGGCAGUAGUUGUACAACACCCCGAGCUCUCGGGCGCUUUAGCUCCGUUGCAUCUUAACGCUGCGCCGCCUGUUCCAUUUGCAAAGGACCGACUGAAGCGCGCGACACGGUUCACCGUGCACGGCUUCGACCGCGGAGACGCGCGAGCCGAGAAGGGGAAGCUGCGUUUCAGUAGAAUAACACAAAGACAUGAAGGCCAAUCACCGUGCAAUGCUUCUCCACAUCCUGGACCCUUUUGUGACCUGCUGCCUGGUUUCUAUGGCAAAGUCAUGAAGUCCUUUAUUAGGCUUCCAGAACCCCUGAAGCCUGUGAAGGUCAGCGAAGGAGACAGCUUCCAUCCUUUUUCUGCCACGCACCUUCUUAGCAGCUCGACAACAAAAGAGGAGCUUUAGACAGAACCGUUUAACACGCUCUGACAGGACAUUGCAAUUCAAGGCAGUAUGCUAUGAUUCAUUUAGGCAAU